AAAGGAAUUCAGGCGCUGAGAGUCCAGUUCAUCGAUCUGCUGAUUAGAAACAGCUAUUUCUUUUCAGUUUCCAAGCCGAAAUCGGGACAGAUUGCAAAACAAUUUCUGUGGGGAAAAUAUUUAGCAAGCAUGAGCACCUCUGGAAAAGUUAUCAAGUGCAAAGCUGCCAUUGUCUGGGAAGUAGGCAAGCCUCUUUCUAUUGAAGAGGUAGAAGUUGCUCCACCAAAGUCUCAUGAAGUCCGUGUGAAGAUAAUCGCCACAGGGAUAUGCGGCACGGAUGAGCAUGUUCUGACUGGCUCUUUCCCGAAAGUAGAGUAUCCUGUUAUUCCUGGCCAUGAAGGAGCUGGAAUUGUGGAGAGUAUCGGUGAGGGGGUGACUUGUGUGAAACCAGGAGACAAAGUGAUCCCCCUUUGCCUGCCUCAGUGUGGAACAUGUAACUCUUGUUUGAAAUGGAACACCAACUGUUGUCUGCAAACCCACCUUUGCAACCCACAAAACCUGAUGCCAGACAAAACUAGCAGGUUCACCUGCAAAGGGAAGCAAAUUCAUCACUUCCUUUGGAUAAGCACCUUUUCGGAAUACACAGUCAUGCCUGACUCAACUGUGGUUAGAAUUGAUGAUGCUGCCCCUCUGGAUAAAGUCUGUCUCUUUGGCUGUGGCUUUUCCACAGGGUAUGGAGCUGCCAUCAACACAGCUAAGGUCACUCCUGGGUCUACCUGUGCCAUCUUUGGCUUAGGAGGAGUUGGUCUUUCUGUUGUCAUGGGAUGCCGAGCAGCAGGAGCAUCCCGGAUUCUUGGGAUUGAUAUUAACAAGGAGAAAUUUGGAAAGGCUAAGGAACUAGGAGCCACAGAGUGCUUGGACCCUCAGGAUUAUAAGAAGCCCAUUCAGGAAGUUCUGGUUGAAAUGACUGGCCACGGUGUUGACUAUGCCUUUGAAGUCGUGGGAUGCUUGGAUACACUGACAGCUGCUCUGGCGUCCUGUCACAUGGGCUGUGGAGUCUGCGUGAUGGUUGGCGUCCCUCCUGCGGGCUCACUCCUCUCCUUCAAUCCUUUGCUGCUUCUUACUGGACGCACGUUGAAAGGGAGCUUCAUUGGAGGCUGGAAGAUGAAAGAUUCAAUUCCUCAACUGGUAUCCAGUUACAUGGAGGGAAAACUGAAAACAGAUGUUUUAAUUACUCACACUUUGUCAUUCAACGAGAUUGGUGAAGGGUUUAAUUUGCUUCGUGCUGGAAACAGUGUCCGUAUUGUCCUGCUGUUUUAAGCUGCUGUAUGAGUGCUUUCAGCCUGAAGUAUUUGGGGAACAAUGCUAAUAUUCCAAAUCUUUUUCCUGUUUGAGUACAAAGUCUACGGAAAUAUCACAGUUAUCAAGAAGGCUGAGAGCUAGUUUUAUUUUGACCCAAAUUCUUAAGAAUUGUAAAACAAGCUCUGAACUCUGAGAAAUGAGCGUCCUAAACUGGAACUUCAAACUAAAGCAAAGAGAAAUAAAACCAGUCAACGGAAAGUUUAUGUAAAAUUAUGUGAUUGUCAUAAGGGAAUCGGUAUUGCUUAUCUUAGCAUCAGGCAUAUUUUUAUUUCACUGUUUGUGUACAUAUUUGGUUGACAUCCAUGCCUGAUAUAUGCUGACUCCUUAGGAGUUCUUCUGGGUAAAUCUUCCUUUGGGAAAACAAAAACCAUUCAUUCUUGUGUCUUGAGAGUUCCAACUCUGCUUUUUUAUGAUGACCAUCAUUUUUGGUGAACAACUUGGGAUCAGUUGUGUACAGGCGCCUAGUUUUGUUGGGAGCACUGAAAACUUCCCAGACAUGGGAAUCCAGAAUUUGGGAAAUAAACUCUAGCAUCUUCCUGUGGGUCAAAAGUGUAUUUCUGACUUUGCAGGUAUUAAAGCUUGGUUCUUGGAAAUGAUUCUUGGGAAAUGAUGAGUGAAUUAAUUACAGUAUUUGAACACUGAUUUGCUUCCUCUGUUGUAAAUGAGCAACUGCUAAUAAUAAAUGUUCUUUAUGGA